UUGGGAAGAACAGCAGAAGAUGGCGAGCUCAAACAAUCCACGUAAAUUUAGCGAGAAAAUCGCUUUACAUAAUCAGAAACAGGCGGAGGAGACUGCGGCUUUCGAAGAAGUGAUGAAAGACCUAAACAUCACUAGAGCUGCACGGUUGCAGUUACAGAAGACCCAGUAUUUGCAACUAGGGCAGAAUCGUGGACAGUACUAUGGAGGCUCACUGCCCAAUGUCAAUCAGAUUGGAAAUAGCAACAUUGACCUGCCUUUUCAGAAUUCCGCUUUGGACACCAGUCGGUCGACCAGGCAUCACGGGCUGGUGGACCGUGUUUACCGCGAUCGGAACCGUAUAACCUCGCCCCAUCGCCGGCCCCUCUCUGUGGACAAACAUGGCCGCCAGAUUGACAGCUGCCCCUAUAGCUCCGUGUACCUCUCACCCCCACCGGAUACCAGUUGGAGGAGGACAAACUCUGACUCAGCACUACACCAGAACACCAUGAACCCUGUGCCCCAGGAUGCGUUUGCAGGGGGAUCACAAGAGCUACAGCCUAAACGAGUGCUGCUGCUUACAGUGCCUGGGACUGAGGAGUCUGAAUCAGAUGCAGACAAGGAUACACAGUGGGAUAACAAAAAGAAUGACUCAUCAAGAACCAAGUCCUGCGAAGUCCCUGGGAUCAAUAUAUUUCCAUCACCAGAUCAGGAAGUGAACACGUCAUUGAUCCCGGCCACGCUCAAUACGGGAGGCUCCCUGCCUGAUCUGACCAACAUCCAGUUCCCCCCACCGCUGCCCACUCCGCUGGAUCCAGACGACACUGUGGCGUUUCCUUCCCUUAGCUCAUCCAACAGCACAGGCAACCUGACCACCAACCUCACCCACCUCGGCAUCAGUGCAGCCAGCCACGGGAUCACUACCACCUCUCAGCCUACCAUGACUGUGGCGGCCCAGCGUAGGCAGCCCACCCUGAUCCCCCUAACCCUCAAUGCAGACCCCCAGCCACAGCAGUCCCCGCAGCAGCUCUCCCCUACGCUGUCGCCCCCUCUCAACAUCCAGGCAGUGGCGAUGGAGGCCUUGACUCUGGAGCAACAGCUAUCCCAGUAUGCUUUCUUUAGCCAGCUGACAGUUCAGGCCCAGGCUCAAGUGCUCAAUGACCUGCAGCAGCAGGCCCUGCCCCAGGGCAUCAGGCUGAUCACCCUGGCCACCACCACUGCCCCAACAGCCACCCAGUCCUCCCCGGACAGCCAGAUCCAGACGCCCGCAAGCAUCAACGUCAACUCGUACCGCAAUCAGACAGGCUCUCCGGCCAAUCAGUCUCCAACCUCCCCAGUCUCCAAUCAAGGCUUCUCCCCGGGCUUCUCCCCUGGCGGCUCGCCUCAACAUAUUCCGGUGGUGGGCAGUAUAUUUGGGGAUUCGUUCUACGAUCCGCAGCUAGCAUCUCGGCAGACCAAUGCUCUCUCCCACCAGCUCGAGCAGUUCAAUAUGAUUGAAAACCCCAUCAGCUCCAAUAGCCUAUACAGCCAGUGCUCCACCCUCAACUACACACAAGCAGCUAUGAUGGGUCUUACAGGGAGCAGCCUGCAUGACUCCCAGCAGUUGGGCUACAGUAGCCAUGGCAACAUCCCUAACAUCAUUCUCACAGUCACAGGUGAGUCUCCACCCAGCCUCUCUAAGGAGUUAACCAACUCACUGGCUGGUGUUGGAGAUGUCAGCUUCGAUGCGGACUCUCCCUUCCCAUUGGACGAGCUGAAGAUCGACCCUCUCACCCUGGAUGGACUUCACAUGCUCAAUGACCCCGACAUGGUUCUGGCUGACCCUGCCACUGAGGACACGUUCAGGAUGGACAGGUUGUAAUGCAGAAUACUGGCUGUGGCCAACAACAAAAAAUAACCCUGGUAAGAAAGGGAAACGAGGCAUGGUGGGGGUGAAUCAUCUCCCCAGUUUCAUGGCCAUUCAGCUAUCUGAUCUCACCCUCAAGUCCUUUAAAAUAAUAUGCCAUCAAAAACCAUUGUAGAGAAGGACAUGCAAUGACUUGUUGGGUUUGGGAAGGGCAUUGCUGUCAUUUCCAAUGAGAUUGUUGGUUGGUCAGAGCUUUGCUAGCCUGCUGCGUUUUAUUUAUAUAUAUAUAUACAUACACACAUAUAGUUGAAGUCGGAAGUUUACAUACACUUGGGUUGGAGUCAUUAAAACUUUUCAACCAUUCCACAAAUUUCUUGUUAACAAACUAUAGUUUUGGCAAGUCGGUUAGGACAUCUAUUUUGUGCAUGACACAAUUUUUCUUAUAAUUCACUGUAUCACAAUUCCAGUGGGUCAGAAGUUUACAUACACUAAUUUGACUGUGGCUUUAAACGGCUUGGAAAAUUCCAGAAAAUUAUGUCAUGGCUUUAGAAGCUUCUGAUGGGCUAAUCGACAUCAUUUGAGUCAAUUGGAGGUGUACCUGUGGAUGUAUUUCAAGGCCUACCUUCAAACUCAGUGCAUCUUUGCUUGACAUCAUGGGCAAAUCAAAAGAAAUCAGCCAAGACCUCAAAUAAAAUUGUAGACCUCCACAAGUCUGGUUCAUCCUUGGGAGCGAUUUCCAAGCGCCUGAAGGUACCACGUUCAUCUGUACAAACAAAAGUACGCAAGUAUAAACAAAAUGGAACCACGCAGCUGUCAUACUGCUCAGGAAGGAGACGCAUUCUGUCUCCUAGAGAUGAACGUACUUUGGUGCGAAAAGUGCAAAUCAAUCCCAGAACAACAGCAAAGGACCUUGUGAAGAUGCUGGAGGAAACAGGUACAACGUAUCUAUAUCCACAGUAAAACGAGUCCUAUAUGGACAUAACCUGAAAAGCCGCUCAGCAAGGAAGAAGCCACGGCUCAAACUGCCAUAAAAAAGCCAGACUACGGUUUGCAACUGCACAUGGGGACAGAGAUUGUACUUUGUGGAGAAAUAUCCUCUGGUCUGAUGAAAGAAAAAUUGAACUGUUUGGCCAUAAUGACCAUCGUUAUGUUUGGAGGGAAAAGGGGGAGGCUGCAAGCCGAAGUACACAAACCCAACCGUGAAGCACAUGGGGAGGCAGCGUCAUGUUGUGGCGGUGCUUUGCUGCAGGAGGGACUGGUGCACUUCACAAAAUAGAUGGCAUCAUGAGGUGGACAAUUAUGUGGAUAUAUGGAAGCAACAUCUCAAGACAUCAGUCAGGAAGUUAAAGCUUGGUCGCAGAUGGGUCUUCCAAAUGGACAAUGACCCCAAGCAUACUUCCAAAAUCACUUAUGACAACAAAGUCAAGAUUUUGGAGUGGCCAUCACAAAGCCCUGACCUCAAUCCCAUAGAAAAUGUGUGUGCAGAACUGAAAAAGCGUGUGCGAGCAAGGAAGGCAACAAACCUGACUCAGUUACACCAACUCUGUCAGGAGGAAUGGGCCAAAAUUCACCCAACUUAUUGUGGAAAGCUUGUGGAAGGCUACUCUGAACGUUUGACCCAAGUUAAACAAUUUAAUGGCAAUGCUACCAAGUGCUAAUUGAGUGUAUGUAAACUUCUGACCCACAGGGGAAUGUGAUGAAAGAAAUAAAAGCUGAAAUCAAUCAUUUUCUCUACUAUUAUUCUGACAUUUCACAUUCUUAAAUAAAGUGGUAAUCCUAACUGACCUAAAACAGGGAAUUUUUACUAGCAUUAAAUGUCAGGAAUUGUGAAAAACUGAGUUUAAAUGUAUUUGGCUAAGGUGUAUGUAAACUUCCCACUUCAACUGUACAUAUCUUAUUACUUAUAUCCCACCGUGUCACAGUUGAACAGAUUUGAUCUCCUUCUGAUUUUAUUACAUUUUAUUUUUUAUUUUUUACAAAUACAUUUUGUGAUUUGAAAAGCAAAAAGCCACUAGGAAGGUGAGCUGCACCGUAUCUUUCAUGAAUACUGUGUACAAUAUUAUGUGCAACAUCCAAGUUAUUUUUACCCUAUUAUUGAAAUGGAUUAUUUUCCUACCCACUAUAACAGCUUUAUACUUCACACUCAAAGCUUUAUUUUUAUUGACAACCGAAUGUUAAUAUUUGCGUUUAUGUAUGUUGUAUCUUGAAAUAUGUAUUUAUUGAAAUGUUUAUUCAUUUAGUUUUAAUGUCUUUUUAAAAAUGGUUUCAUAUUCAAAAUGUGUUUUGAGUUCGAUACCAACAUUGCUCUGUUGUGUUCAUGUUGUACAUACUGCACUGAUGUAAUUUAUUCAUUUUAACCUACAUACUGUAUUUAUUAAGCUACUCUGUUAACUUAAGGAGUACAAAUCCUCCCCAUAUUUGCUCAUAAGCUCUAACGAGUGCCAGUUGCUAAGACCGCUUGCUAGAUAGAAUUAGCUGCGGCCUCUCACAAUAUAGCAUAGGGUCUGCAGGUCUUCUUAUCACUUACAUGGGCCCGAAAUUGUUGGGUUUUGUCUUGUGCCAACUCUGUUGUUUUUAAGUUUGUCAUAAUUAAUGGGAAACAUGUGCAACAGAUCCUUGCAUUUAGCAGCUGAUAAGGUGAAGCAAAUGUGACAAUGAAAACACUGUAAAGGCAAAUUCCCAAAACAAGAUGGCCAUAUUUUUCCUUUGCGUGUUGAAAAUGGAUAUCCAGAUUGAAUGCCUCCUGAAAAUCUGAAGGAUACAAACUCCUCAGAAACCUAUUGAACUUGUCACUGUGAGAUCACCUGAUUUUGCCUUACAUAUUGAGUGUUAUACUGUUUAAGUCUUAACUAAUGUGACAAUGUAUUUUCUUAACUUCUCGUAAGAUUUUCUUGUACUUGAGAGGACUUUUAACUCCUAGUCAGUGACCAUAUUUGUUAUGUAGUGUAAAGUUUGACAAAUCACUGUACUGUAUUUUUUACUGGUACACUUUCUAGCCAAAUUCUUGAUGAUUUUGUAAAAAGAAAAUCAAACGCUGGAUUCAAAUUUGUGAUGGAGAGUGCAAAUAUGGGUAGGGUUUCUGCUUCUUUAAAGGGAAACUGACAAAAAUGCACAAUCAUUUUGUGCUCCUUAACCCAGAUUUUGGUAGAAAAUUGUAUGAAACAAUUACAAUAUUACUUAUAUAUUAUAUUUGGUUAUUCCCUCCAGAUUAGGGCUGGUAGAAAACAAGAUGAACAUUCAGUUUUAUGCACCCAGUGAAAUUAGUCCCAAAAGACAUGUAGAACUUCACAAAAGUGGUUAAAAUUGACGAAGAGAUUUUGUCCAUACACCAAUUUGUAGAGCUGAAAUGCUUCUUGCUUUUUAUUUUACUCUAUCUUUCCCUCCGAUUCAAAUUCAAACAUUUGUUUUGAAAACUAAUAUAGUGGUGGGAAGUAAGUCACUAGAUUGGAAGUUGGUUAAAUUGGACGCUCUAUGGGCUGAGAUCGUUUUCAUACUCAAGGCGUCGUGUCAACUGUUUAUUUGUUUGAAGAACACUAGCAAACUUAUUUUUCAGUUCACCUUUGAAAUGUUGAUAGCUGUGUGGGAUCAUGUUUCUAUUGUACAAUGUAUUGUGUGUGUGUGUGUGUGUAUACAGAGAACAUAAAUAUGUUAAUUUAAUUUACCAAUGUGGGAAGAGGCAUAUUGCCCCAAAUAUAAUGUAAAUAUAACAAAAAAAGGAAUUAAGUAAAAAGGAAACAGUUGGUUUACUUCAUACCUCAAAGAAAUAUUGUUCUUGCAGACACGAUUUUAAGGGUUCAUGUUCAUUUUAUUCUUCAUUGCCUGUUGACUUGUUUAUUAAUCACAGACUGUUUGGCUUUAAUAAGAUUUGUGAUUCCUAUGCAAAUCAGAAUAAAACAUCUGACCAUUGCAUUAGAAUAGGAAAUAGAUAUAGAUAAUACUGUGUGUGUGUGUGUGUAUAUAUAUAUAUAUAUAUAUAUAUCUCACACACACAAAAAACUUCACUUUGGGCCAAACUGCAAUACGCAUGUAUGAUACUUACAGUGCCAUUCAGAUUAUCUGCAAACAAAUGCUUGUUUGUUUUUCUUUGUCAAGACAAAAAAAAUUGUACAUCCUGUACUGUACAUAGGCUAUAGCUGAAACAAAUUGACUGCAUGACAAAAAUGAAAGAGAAAAAGGCCUUAAUUUGCUAAGCAGGAUGAUUUAAAUCAUGCUCAACAAUGUAAAACAGUGACAUGCCCAGUCAAAAAGGAUGUAUGUCAAUUGUUCCUAAUGAUUCACUCAAACAAUUUACUUUUCAGAGGACUGUGUUACCUCCAUUUCUGCAUAAUGCUAGCUCAUUGCUGAAAUAAGAAUGUAUUUGUGUAACAUAGUCAGUCUUGGAAUGUGUCUGUUUCACUGAUUGACAUGAACCAAAAGCAUUUUCAUUGAGUCCCUUUUUUCACCAUCUACUUCUUAUUCAGUUGAAUUGGCUGUUACUUGCUUUAGCGUCUAGUUCUUCACUGUAGCACCUCACUGUGUGUGUGUCAAAUUGUCAGUUGUUCCUAUAAUGCGAACCUAUUGAAAAUCCCGUUUUCAUAACACAUCAGAUGCCAAUUGAUCUGUAGACUCUGUCUGAAGAUUUCAGACCUCAAAGUUGUCUAACGUUGAGAUUAAUCUUCUUCUUUUUUUAAAGCGGGCUCAUGAGUUUGUGAGAACUUCCGUCAAAGUCGGAAUUGAAAUUUCCUGAUCCAGAAAGAGUUAUAGCCUAAUCAAAAACAAUGGCAACAAAUCCUCCAAGUCUAACCGGCUUCCUUGCAGGUAACUCAACUCAUAUCCUGAACUUGUAAAUUCACAUCCUUGUCACGCUCUCCAGAAGGAUCACAUCAACAUGAUAUGUGUGGAUAAAAGCCCAAUAGUUGAUGUGAUUAUAGCAUGUAUGCUGUAAUUAGUUUGAUGCACUGAUUCACUUCCUGUCAUCAAAUGACAGCCCCAAUUACUGGGCUUCAAGUGUAAACUGAGAGCCAAAGACUGCAACCAUGAUGGAAUAAGAGAGUACGCAUUGUUUCCAUUCAUUUAAGACUGAAGCGUACCCUGAAUAUCUGGAUCUACAGAACAUAAGGCCAGGGGCAUGGACUCAUUUUGACGUAAGACCCCUUUUGAAAUAUAGAAACUUCUGUUGAUUUUGGAGUGAACUGACACUUUAAUGAUCUGGCAAGAGUCAACAGUUUCACGAGCUACUUAAAAAUGGCACUUAUACAGCUGCAAUCAAAUAUAUUGGCACCCUUGAACGAUUCCAUUUAUUCUCAUCAGCUGAAAUUGAAGAAAACUGUUGGCGUUAACAAGUGUUUUUGAUUUAAAGCUGCACGGGACCAAGAAACGAAACAUCCAAACUGAAAUUAAGAUUUAUUACAUAAAUGUAAAAAAUGGUUUGGACUAAAUUAUUUAAAAUUGAAAUUAGUUUGUUUGGAGGAAAGUGAUUCUUGUUAAGGUUGUAAUUUAUCUCCAGCUGUGGUAAGUUCCAGGUGCCUCAGGGUAAAAAAGAAAUAACAUUCAACCAUUUUUUUUUUUUUAAAGAGAACAGAACCUUCUGCUCCAUUGUAAAGUGCAAGGGUGCCAAUAUAUUCGACUGCAACUGUACUCCGUAUUGGCAGUAAAACUUGACUUGGCGGUCGAGAGCUUACUGUCAGUUGCAUGGCAUGACUGAUGUUAUAAGUGGUCCCUAUUGUCGAUGCUGGUUUAUUGCAAAUGAUUCAACAUUACCUUGUUGACUUCAGCAAUAUGAACUAUGGCUAGUUAGCUAACCUAAAUUGAGGCAUGUGCCAUCAUGACUGCCGAAUCAAGUCUAAACUGAUAUCAGUUACUGUGACUGCAUAAGACAUUUUAAGUAAGGUUUAUGACACGUUUUUAUGUUGUAUGUGUUCUUAUUCUGUUGCUUUUUCACUUUAUUUGUGGCCAACUGCCUUGUGAAUGUGAACAGUGGCUGUUCUGUCAAUGCUGACUGUUGUACCCUCGAAAUAAUAUUAUCUUUUUUUUAAAGCCUGUAACAGUGUGGGAAGUGUGUUCCUUAUUUUGUAAUGCAAAACCAGAAAGGGCUUAUUCCAUUGCAGCUUGUUUUCCAAUCAUGUUAAAAAAAGGAAUAGCACUCAAUGUAUAUUUAUUUGUCAAUAGAUAUACCAUACUGCUCUGCAUAUGCAUGGGAAAUGGCAAUCAAAUACGGUGACGUGGACCCCUGUUUUGACAGUAAUUAUUACAAUACACUGACUGAAGUGAGCAUGAAAGGAAUUCAGCCUUGUGGGAAUUGGUGAGCAGUAUCUUGAUUCUCACUAAGCUUACUGUCACUGCCAGAGUACCUGUCCCCAUGCAUUCUCUCAACUAAAGGUGAAUGAAAGGGAUAAUUAUAUUUUCUGUCCCAUAAUUUGAAAUGGAUUAAUAUGAAUCUAAAUCAUUUCCUCCUGUAGUACCGUGCAGUUGAAGUUGGGUACCCUAAAAUGCCACUUUUGGCAAGUAUUUCCAAUUCAUAAUGUAAAGAAAAUCUCUCUUAUAGGGAAUUCCCUGGUCAGCUUUAAGUGGGUAUCACAUAUUUAACUAUUGUCCUGUAAAUCAUAUUCUGAGAUGUAAAGUAAUUAUUUGUUUCUAUGUGAAACUCCUUUAUGUGACCCCUUUGUAAGAUCCACUGAAUGUGGGAGGCAUUUCUUCUCUGUACAUAGUCUCCAUUUUGCAGAAUAUAUCAAUGAAAAAUGUCAUUUCACCAAGGUUUACUAAGUGUGGACAUGCAUGACGUUUGAACUAUUCUAUAUUUUGUUGUCCUUGUUAUGUUGUUCAUAUUUUGUAAUCUGUAUUUCUGUAUGUGUUUUUAAAAGAUCAUUUUGAAUACCUGUUUUGUGAUUUUCAGUCCCAAACUUUUGAUCAGUACUCAAAGCAGUUUCUCAUGACUUCAGUUUCUGUCUAGUCAGUAGUGAGGAGAAAGUGUAAACCAGUUUUGACCUAAAGGUAAGUCCUAUAUAUUCAGUAUAUGCUAAAGCAAAAUAACAGUUGUGUGGUUCGACAUUUUAUUAAUUGAUCACAUGCAAUCUAAUGCAUAGCCCCCCCCCCCCUCAAAAAAAAGUUUGUCCGCUCACAAUGUAAUACACAUUUUCUGUCCACACCCUGAUUAUUCAAAACACACAACUAUCCUCACAUUUCUAUAUUGUUGACAGAGUAGUAGUAGACAUAAAGAAAAGUCCCCUGAGAAGUGGAAUUAUUGGGGAGCAAAUGUCACCGGAAAAUGUUGUCAUUGCUGGUGGUGACCAAUAUGGCAGCCUCCAUUUUGCUGAGUCACAUCUCACAGGGUCCUUCUAAAAAAACAAAAUUCAAUAUGGCCCCAAUUCCGACCCGAGUUAAGCGUGCUUAAAUGGAACGUAGUAAUUCCAUUUUUAUGCACUUUUCUCUAUGCUUAUUCUGACCUUGAACUUAAGCAUGAGAAUAGCAUGCUGUUCACCUGCUAUUUGUUUUGGGUGGAGAUCAAAUAAAUGAUGGUGUGU